AUGGUCGAGUCAGUGAAGAUGGACUUUCUCAGAAGAGCAUGUCGAAUAUCAAGGAUGGAGCACAUUAGAAAUGAGGAGAUCAGGCAAAGAACAAGACGAAUAUAUACCAGCACCGACAACAUCGAAUCGAGACAGCUACUAUGGUAUGGGCACGUAAAAAGAAUGGGAGGGGAAAGAUGGCCAAAAAGGGCAAUGGAGUAUCGUCCCCAAAGCAGAAGCAAAAGAGGAAGACCUCCAACUACGUGGUUAGAUGGAGUAGACCAGUACAUGAGAGACAGAGCUAUUAACCAGGAAGAAUGGCAAAAUCGAGCAAUAUGGAGGUUGAAAUGCGGGAUGCGGCAGAAGCUUUUUUGA